UUACAGGUGUUAUCUUAGUUGUAAAGAAAAGACAAUUAAAUGCGAAACAUGCUCCUAGUUUUAUUUUUAUCAAUACUGUGAAUAAAGAGCUGUUCCGAUCACACCAAUCAAAUAGUUGAUCAAUAAAUACAACAAGCGUGGACACAGAAAAUGUAAAAUAUAUGAUAAACAUAACCAACUGUUCAUUCAAGAAAACGGCAAAUUUGAUUGACAGGGAAAUUUAUUUCUCUUUGAAAUGAAAACCAAUCGUGCUAUUACAGAGUAUUCGGUACCUGCGAUGAACUUCUUCAACACUACUAGUGUAUCUGAACAAAACUAUACCAAUAUUUAUAUUAAUGGAAGUGAAAUAACAAAUUCUUCAAAUGGAACUAUAAACUUUGAAAUGCCUCACGAGUACCGCCACCCUCCGGAAAUAACUGCGAUUUACAUUAUAGCAUAUGGUAUUGCGUUUUUAUUUGCACUUUUUGGCAAUGUCAUUGUGAUAGCAGUAGUUUUACGAUAUAGGUGGAUGCAUACAGUGACUAAUUUUUUCAUAGUAAAUCUGGCAAUAGCUGACAUUUUAGUAUCUCUGUUUUGUAUACCAGUAUCACUUCUAACACAUAUAUUUGUUGAAUGGCGGUAUGGAGCUGUGAUGUGCAAAAUAACACCGUACUUACAAACUGUAUCUGUGUGUGCAUCUGUUAAUACACUUGCUGCCAUUGCUGUAGAUCGAUACCUGGCUAUAUGUUACACAUUUAACUACAAGAUGACUUGGACGACAUCUAAGUGUAUAAUGUGUUUUGUUUGGGUUUUCUCACUUGGUGUUAGCAUACCUAUGGUUUUAUACCGGGAACUAAUAUUACAGGGUGGCUUACUGAAAGUUUGUAUUGAAACGUAUCCAAGUGAAACAGUCAGAAAAGUAUACUUCAUUGGAAUAUUUGUGUUCUUUUAUGCUAUUCCGCUUAUUCUGAUUAUAUUCUGUUAUUCAUUCAUAGGAUUUCGUGUGUGGAACAGAAAUGCACCCGGAAUAUUUAAAGCAAAUGGUGUUAUUCACAAAUCAAAAGUCAAAGUUGUAAAAAUGUUAGCUGUAGUUGUAAUAAUAUUUUUCAUAUCAUGGUUGCCAAACUAUAUAAUACAAUUCUGGGUAUACUUUGAAAUGGAUCAGUUUAGAGAUUACGACUCGCUUAUGUUUGUUAUCAAAUACAUUUCACCGGUUGCUCAGUGGAUGGUGGUUUCAAAUAGCGGAAUAAAUCCAGUUAUUUAUUGCUUGUUUAGUAAAAAGAUAAGACUUCGAAUAAAAGCCAUGCUUAAAUGUCACAGUAAACACUUUUUGGACAGAACAUCUUCACACCCAAAGUAUUCCAGUACACGAUACUUUUCAGUUGACUACAGUAAUGGCCAUGUAACAUUAAGGCCAUACGGGAUAGAAAAAAGAAGAAAAUCGAGUAUGCGUAGUUUCAACAGUAACUUUUAUGAUUAACAAUUACGUUAAUGCAUGCCGAGGUUUACUAAUAUUUAGUCUAGUUCGGUAUAGAUUUGAACGAGAAAUGUGGAAACAAAAGAAAACGGGACACAUUUACAGUGUAAAAACAACCAUUAAAGUGUGAAUAAAACAUUCCAUAGCAUUUAGAACAAAUGCUUGGACUAUGCUCUAAAUGUUGACAUUCAAAGCAAGAUCAUUUUUAAAACCAGUACCCAAGUAUCGAAAUUAAACAAUAAGACAAUACUGUAUGUGUUUAUAUUCAAGUCGACCAGUAUCCGAGUAUACUAUAACAAAUCCGGCAAUAUUGUUUAUAGAUUAAUGGCUAGCAUUACCCAAAAAACGAUAUAGAACAGUUAUAAUUGGGAAACCAGUAAUGAAGUUAAAUUAUGAAUUACGGCUUUACAUGCUUGAUGUUUUGUCGAUAGGUUUUAAGCAUCUUAUCUACUAAAUUUUCGACGUUCACCGAAGGGUUAAUGACGGAAAAGAAACAACAGAAAACAUACAACAAAAAUAGACAUAGACAAUACAAUAAAAAAUCGGAUAAGGUAAUCGUCUUCUCUUGUGAAUGUAUCUUAUACUGCAUUCUUAUUUGAAGUCUUCUAUUUGAAAUGUAUGCAAAACGCUCUAUAAAUAUCGAUUUCACUAACAUCGGAUAAUUUCUGAAGAAAUAAUCAUCAAAGAACGAUUAAAAGCAAAAUUUCAGAAUUAUAAGCGUGCGCCGUCUUCGGUCAAUUGCACAUGAAAAGAACUGUAAAUUUAGAUUCUAUAAAAAAUACAAA